AUGUUCAAAAAAUUCAACCCAAAAGAGGAUGUUUCCUCUUCGACCUCCCUAAAAUCCUCGGUACAACGUAAUAUCCGAUCAUCUAUUCUCACACAAAUCCCAUUCCUCACCCUCCCAGCAUAUCGAGAUCCUUCCACUGUAUCCACAUCCGCACCGGCAGAAUCAGAAUCUGCACCGGUUGCAGAACCAGAAGAAGAAACUGGAGGAGGUAAGAAAAGCGGUAAGAAAGGUGGGAAAGGCAAAGGCAAAGGAGGUAAAGGGAAAGACAAAGAAGAGAAAGACGACAAGGAUGAUGCAGGAGAAGGCGAAGCUGGAGGCGCUGUGAUAGAUGAGAUCUGGCCCAAGAAGGAAGCUUUAGGUUUGACCAAAUGUCACGAUAGAAUAAGUAUAUUCACAGUGCAGACAGUACCCCUUUUCUUCCAGCAUUUCGAUGGUCCUUUUAUCCCUACGCUCAAACUGUUACAUAAAUAUCCUGCCAUGUUACCGCAUGUACAAAUAGAUAGAGGAGCUAUCAAGUUCUUGCUUGCUGGUGCAAACAUGAUGGCUCCUGGACUUCUUUCAGCAGGAGGAAGUUUACCAGACGGUCUACCGAAAGACGAGAUAGUUGCUAUCCAUGCAGAGGGUAAAGAACAUGCUUGUGGUAUCGGAAAAUUAGUAGCAUCGAGUGAGGAGAUCAAGAAAGCUGGUAAGAACGUUGCUGUUGAGGUCAUUUGUUGGAUCGGCGAUGAUCUUUGGAAAGUGGACACUAUCGGUUUGUAA